GGGGUAGCGAUGCCGGUCGCCCCGAAGAACAAGGUGAAGAAGACGCGCAAGCUGCGCGGUGAUGUCUCGCACGGUUACGGCCGCAUCGGCAAGCACCGGAAGCACCCGGGCGGCCGCGGUAACGCCGGUGGCCAGCACCACCACCGGAUCAUGUUCGACAAAUACCACCCGGGCUAUUUUGGCAAGGUUGGCAUGGGGUACUUUCACAAGACGCAGCAGAAGUUUUUUUGCCCCACCAUCAACCUGGACAAGCUCUGGACGCUGGUCCCCGAGGAGACGCGGACCAAGUACGCCAGCGGGCCGAAGGCUGCGGUCAUCGACUGCGUGAGCAAGGGCGUGUACAAGGUGCUGGGCAAGGGCGAGCUGCCGAAGCAGCCUGUGGUCGUCAAGGCGAAGUUCUUCUCCAAGCUGGCGGAGAAGAAGAUCAAGGCGGUCGGCGGCGCGUGCUUGCUGGUCGCCUAAGCCGGCUCUAGAUUAGCCACACAUCGCUGUCUCGGGAGUGCCGUUGUUUUCGUACUAACAUCACGUGUAUUCAAAAA